AUGGAAAGUGUUCAUAUUGGAUUGGGAGUCCUUCUCGGCAUGCUACAAUUCUGGCUUAUUGAUAUUCUUCCAGACGUUGAUGGCAUCGGACCAUACAUUGGAAGCGCCCAGCCGCGCCCAGCGCCGGGCGCAUGGCAUCCACAGGGCAUUUUGAAUCGCCGGAUUUGUACAAGUUACGGAAGUCCUGUUGCACAUUCAAUUACCCUCUACGUAAGGGCCUUUAUUCAGAACGAUGCCGUCGAUGAGGCUAGAUCAGCUCUUGGCAUUGAAAGGGAUGAAUUGAGCUACCGUACGUGUUGCCAUCAACACAAGUCGAUUCGCUAUUUAAUGAGGCAACUCGUCAUGAUCACCAACACUCGCGGAAUAUCGCCAAUAAACAACAAGCCCGGCAUACUCAUGUCUCAACGGGCGGCGGCCAUAGAUAUGGUCUUUGGCCAUCAAGACGCUACACCUGGAAAUGCUUCCUGGCUCACGUUGUACAUGAUAUUUAUGAUAUUAUUUGUCAAGGCUGUUACAAAGAUCACUAAUAUCAAGAACAAUCUGAAAAACAAUCAUCAGUUGUGGGAUACGCGUGGACCGACAGACAUGCAGACAGCUGAGAUUGAAACAGCGCGCAUAUUAGUGGCUAUUGUGACAAAAACCGGGCUCGCGAAAUAG